UAAGAGAGGGGAAGAUUGACAUAAAAUAAACGCCAACAGAAGGCCUUAUUUUCUUCCUUGCAAAGGCUUUGGCUUAACUUGCAAACUUAUGCGUUUCCCUUCUUCUACCAUGGAGUCCUGUAAUUGGGUUCUCAAACAUGUGUCCAUUUUAUUGGUUUUCUUCCUUUCUUCUUCAACCUCUGCAACUCCCACUUCCUCACUUUUAAACCAUGUGAUUGCCAACACUACAGCCCUACACCGCAAUUUCACUGCGGUAUCGGAUUUCAGAAUGAUAAAUAGACGAAUUUUGAAGGAUUGCUCUGCUUCAAUGUCCUCUGUUAAAGUCAAUGUCACCUCAAAUUCUAGCUUGUCAGAUGAUGAGUUUGUUACGGUCACAGUCACAGGCGUUUCGAACCCUUCAGAUGGUGAUUGGGUGGCUAUGAUCUCUCCUUCAAAUUCCAAUGUUAAAACUUGUCUUCUUAAUGAGUUCCUUUAUCUACAAACUGGUGAAACUGCCGAACUUCCUCUGCUUUGCCAUUACCCUGUCAAGGCACAAUAUAUGAAAAACGAUCCAGAUUAUCUCAAUUGCACUACCACAACUUGCAGUGGUUCAAUACAGUUCCAUGUUAUCAACAUUAGAAGUGACAUUGAGUUUGUGUUCUUCUCUGGUGGAUUCCUGGAACCCUGCAUUGUGGGAAGGUCCAUGCCUUUGAGUUUUGCUAGUCCUAAAAGGCCACUCUAUGGACAUCUCUCAAGCAUAGAUUCAACUGGAACAUCAAUGAGAUUGACAUGGGUUAGUGGAGACAACCAAACUCAACAAGUCCAAUAUGGAGAUGGAAAAACUGCUACUUCAGUAGUUGCUACAUUUUCACAAGAUGAUAUGUGCAGUACACCACUGCUGCCAAGUCCUGCCAAGGAUUUCGGGUGGCAUGACCCUGGAUACAUCCAUUCAGCAGUUAUGACAGGACUUAAGCCUUCAAGCACCUUCUCCUACAGAUAUGGAAGUAAUUCGGUUGGUUGGAGUGAACAAAUCCAGUUUUCAACACCACCUGCUGGAGGAUCGGAUGAGCUCAGAUUCAUUGCAUAUGGUGAUAUGGGCAAGACUCCUCUUGAUGCUUCUAAAGAACACUAUAUUCAGCCAGGAGCACUUUCAGUAAUUAAAGCUAUAGCCAAUGAUGUAACUUCCAACACUGUAAACUCAGUCUUUCACAUUGGAGACAUAAGCUAUGCAACAGGUUUUCUAGCAGAAUGGGAUUUCUUCCUUCACCUUAUCAGCCCAGUAGCUUCCCGAGUUUCUUACAUGACAGCAAUAGGGAACCAUGAGAGGGAUUAUGUAGAUUCUGGUUCAGUAUAUCUUACUCCUGACUCUGGUGGGGAAUGUGGAGUACCCUAUGAAACAUACUUUCCAAUGCCAACUGCAGCAAAGGAUAAGCCUUGGUACUCUAUUGAACAAGCAAGUGUUCAUUUCACAGUAAUAUCAACUGAGCAUGACUGGUCAAAAAAUUCUGAGCAGUAUCAAUGGAUGAAAAAGGACAUGGCAUCAGUUAAUCGAAAAAAUACUCCUUGGCUAAUCUUCAUGGGACAUAGACCAAUGUAUACCUCCAACCAUGGAUUGUUAUCUCGUGAUGGCAAUUUUGUUAAAGCUGUGGAGCCAUUGCUUUUAGAGAAUAAGGUUGACUUGGUUCUUUUUGGUCAUGUGCAUAAUUAUGAGAGAACUUGUUCUGUCUAUAAAAAUAAAUGUAAGGCCAUGCCUACAAAAGAUGGAAAUGGAGUUGACACAUACAAUAACAGCAAUUAUAGUGCCCCUGUGCAUGCUGUCAUUGGCAUGGCUGGCUUCACCUUAGACCAGUUCUCAGACCACGUAGAGAGCUGGAGCCUGGAAAGGAUUUCUGAAUUUGGUUAUCUAAGAGCACAUGCUACUCAGAAAGAUUUAAACUUGGAGUUCGUGGUCUCAGACACAAGAGAAGUUAAGGACAGUUUCCGCAUUACUAAGUGAAAGCUCAACUCAAAAAAACUUAUGCAUAUACAAACAUAAGUGGAAGGUCUAAUAUUUGAUCGAGGCAUACAGACAAGUACACAGAGAUAGAACUGAAAGGCAAAGGAGAUUUAGAGAUAGCUGCACAUUAACAACUUCUCAUUCUUUGCAUUGUAUAUGGUUGUUCUGUUAUGUAUACUUUAGACAAUAAGUUCUUGUAACUUCAAAACUUGUAUUAUACUUGUCCAAGUCUCAAUGGAAGUUAUUUUAAUG